GGCGGUGACAACACCCACACACCUGCUGCUGCUGCUGGGGUUGGGAGUCAUCUCUUGGGUCCCGCCUCUUUACCUUCCUUUACCUGGGUUUACAGGAAGCAGCCCGUAGCAGCUGUCUAACUCCAAGGUACCUAUUGACUGCUAGGUAACAGGGGGCAUCAGGGUGAAAGACACUGCCCAUUUGUUUCCGCCUCCACUGGGGAUCAAACCCGGACCCUUAGGACUACGAACCCCGAGAGAUGUCCCCUCACCCGUCAGGCACCAGUGACGAGUAACAAGCACAUGGCACCAGUCACCUUGUACAAUAUUAUAAAAAUCACAUUGGCAUAUACUGUAUAGGGUAUGGCAACCAUUCGCCAUAGUCUUCAGCGAGAUGUAUUUGAGCCGACAGAGGAGCGUCUUAUUGGUGUAUUAUAUGUGACAAAGCCUGGCAAAAAGAAAAAGACAAGCUUUUUAUGUGCCACAAUAAACAAGGAAAAGCCUGUGUAUGCUACAAUUCAUCAGGUAAAGAAAACAGAUAAAGAUGUCUAUAAGAAAAAAAACUCCUGGCCACUAAGAGAGCUGCAAGUUGUUGACGGAAGAGACGAAAACAAGGACACAGCAGACCUUGACCUAACAUUUGAUCGGGUUUACAAGUGGGUAGCUAACAGCACCCCAGAUAAACAUGCUUUUAUCCAAGUUCUGUGGAAAUUGUGUUGCCGGUACUUGCCAAAGCAGAAGCCCCAGUUCAUAAAUAUUCCAACAGAACUUAUUGAAGAGAAUGUUAAUCUUGCAGAGAGUGGGGAUGUUAAUACUUCAGCUCUUGAUCAUGUGGAUGCUGUUUUUGAGGAUGAUGGGGAUUAUCGAGCUCUGUCGGAGAAGGAACAGAUGGACUUGGAAAGGCUCAUGGAACAGUGUGACUCUGCGGUCAGUAACGCAGAGGCCUUUGCAGAACAACUGUCACGUGACCUCUCUGUUCUUGAUGGUGCCAAUAUUCACAGUAUGAUGGCUUCAGAAGCUCAAGUUGAGGCUUUAAUGAAGAUGAUUGAUGCUGCAUAUACAGAAGCUGAAACAAUUGAAUGUCGUCUUGAUUCGUAUGAUGAGAUAUUGCUUCAUGUAAAAGAUUCCAUUGAAAAGAUGGCAGACAAGAAUACUUCGAUUGAGCAGACAAAUACAAAUAAUUCCAAGUUAUUGGAGGAACUGGACAGAUUGAUAAAUCAAUUAGAGUUACCAAGAAGCUAUGUGAAAGAUCUGUAUGAGCCAGACCUCAAUAAGGCUGGCAGUCUUCCACAAGCAAUUCAAGCAGCAGCAGCAUUGCAAACUGUCAUCAGUGCUCCAAUUUCUCCACAUCUUUCACAAUUACAGGCGGUCCAAGAUGAAAAGAAGAGAUUUGACAAACUAAGGAUCAGAUUUAGUCAGAUAGUUUCAAGGCAUCUCAAUAAUCUCUUCAUUCACUUGGGUAAUGACCCUGGAGAAACACUGAGCCUGCAUGCUGAGCAACUUACGUUGCCUCGCCACGGAAGUAUCCAUACUGAGCUGCGUCCAUACAUGCCACUUAUGCAUUGGGUUCGAGCUCUCGACCAUCGGGCCUAUCAACAUCUCAAUAAAACUUACGCCACUUCCAUCAGCAAGCUUUAUGAACGCGACAUCAGACUUUUCUUUGAAGAGGCAAGACAACGCAUAUCUGGUGGUAGGAGGUUACGUGGAAGUGGAUCAAGUCAGGAUAUUGCUAGCAUGGCAGGGGUAGCAGGAAAGCUCACCUCCCAAAUCAAGCAUGGAGCACAAACCCUGGGAACACGCACUAACACUGGGGCACUAUUGGGUGUUGAUCGUGAUCAGUGGGGCUCAGAGCUUGAUAUGCAAGAGCGACAGAAAUUUGACGAAAUCUUUGAGCGUGUGCUGAGUGAGCUACAGCCAGUGUGUCUAGCUGAGCAGGAGUUCUGUAUUGCCUUCUUCAACUUGAAUGCUGCUGGAAAUGAAAGGGCACCAUCAUCAGUAGCAAGCACCCCAGGGUCUAGUGGAAGUGAAGAGAGCAGUGGAUCCGCAGGGACCUCGUCUGGUACCGGGGCAACGGGAACGCCAGGAUCGGGACAUGCUCGGCCAUUUAACAGAGAAGUGCGAUCUAUGAUGGCAGCACUUUUUACCACUCUUGAACAACAGCUUGCUUCAUUCAUUAACACUUAUGACCGUGCUGAUUCAUACUGUUGUCUGUACAUCUAUGUGCGUCUGAGUGAGCACGUAUUAACUGCUGAGGAUACUGGUUCUUUCUUGAGUACAACGUUUGGUUCAUGUUUGGUGCAAGCAAAACGCAACUUUGACCGCUUCAUGAAUUCACAAAUUCAGUCAAUACAGGAAUGUCGUAUUGCAAGGAAAAAGUGUGGCAUCAUUCCCUUUAUUACUAAUUUUGAGGAAUUUGCAAAAACAGCAGAAAGUGUCUUUAAAAAGAGUGAUCGUCGAGCAGACUUAGACAAGUGGUAUAUUCGACUGGUGUUGGCAAUGUUUGAAUAUAUUCCAAGGGUUGCUAUUGAGCAUCAGAGAACUCCACCGGAAGUGAUAAAAAUGGAGAACUAUCAUGUACUGCACCAGCUGAUGUUCCAGCUCAAGCUUCCAGGGAUGGAAACACAGAAGAGAGAAGCUAAGCAGCGUUAUCAAGAAGCACUUGCUGCAUACGUUACACAGUAUUUUGGCAGACCUCUUGAGAAGCUCAAUCUAUUCUUUGAUGGAGUGACAGCCAAGGUUGCCAGUGGAGUUAAGGAGUCAGAAGUUGGCUAUCAAUUGGCAUUCAGUAAACAAGAACUAAGAAAAGUUAUCAAAGAAUAUCCUGGAAAAGAGGUGAAGCGAGGAUUGGAGCAGCUGUACAAGAAGGUGGAGAAGCACCUUUCUGAGGAGGGAAACUUACUUCAGGUUGUGUGGCGUGCCAUGCAAGAGGAGUUCAUCCGGCAGUACAAGCUGAUAGAAGAUCUUAUUCACCGCUGCUAUCCGGGAGCUAUGAUCAACCUUGAGUUUUCUAUUGAUGAUAUUCUAAACUACUUUUCAGACAUAGCACAAUCCCAUUAAUUUUAUAUCUUCAUUAAUUAUUGAUGUAUGGUACUGUAUAUAUUUAUAUAUUUUAAAUACUGCCUUAUAUUUGCUAUAUCAGGUACUUUAAGCAGGCGAUGAGUCACAAUAACGUGGCUUAAGUAUGUUGACCAGACCACACACUAGAAGGUGAAGGGACGACGACUUUUUGGUCCGUCCUGGACCAUUCUCAAGUCGAUUGAGAAUGGUCCUAAUGGUACUAUUUGUACUAUCAAGUCGACAAUUGACUUGAGAAUGGUCCAGGACGGACCGAAACGUCGUCGUCCCUUCACUUUCUAGUGUGUGGUCUGGUCAUCAGGUACUUUAAUUUAAGAGAGCAGGAAAAUUAUUUGCUGUGAAAAUAUAAAUACAGUAUAAAAAUAGGCUACUUUGUACUGGAAAAUUACAAUACAGAUGUCGUUUUCUUUGGAUAGACAGUUACUCUCACAGGUUUUUAUACUAUUAAAGCUCCAAAGUGCUCAGUGAUUUGGACUAUCAAUUCACUUGGUAACAAAUUUAUUGUUCUCAUAUUCAUUGUAUAAAUGCAGCCAGUUCUGAUAAUGUGUACAAGUGUGAUUCAGUGGAAAAUCAUAGACAACUGAUAUAUUAAUGCAUCUAAGAAGCGCAUGUCUUUGGGUGUAGUAUGUACUAAAAUUUGCAGUACAUAUAGUACAUAGGCCUUGUUAGGUGUUAUACUUAGGUUUUGUUCAUAUUAGACAUUGGUUUGGUUAGGUGUAUUUUAACUCUUUGCAUCAAUGUCAGAGGUAUUAUCAAUAUUUAUUAGUAUAGUAUAAAAUGCUUAUCAGAAAAGAGGCUCGGGAAUCACCUGGCGAGUGCUCAAGAUUUGCUUAAGCAAUGUUUGUAUGUAAAGUUUAUGGCUGCAUUUUCUUCAGAAUUAUGAACAGUAUAAUAUUGUAUUAUGAUGAUUCCAGUUGUUGGUGAUAGAAGGCCUGAAAUUGAAUUGAAAUUGAAAUAAGUUUAUUGAGGUAAAAUACACACAAAGGGAUGAGGUAGCUCAAGCUAUUCUCACCCCGUUCAGUACAUCGUGUUAAUACUGUACAUACAUAGACACACAUCACAAACAAUAAACAUAUUACUGAACAUUCUGAGAGAUAAAUAUAUACAUUCCUCCUUUACACAAGUGAGAAGGCCUGUACUUAGGCUUCUUGAGGUCAUCCUGGUCCAACUACCAACCUUCCCCAGGAUGCCUAGCUUCUGGGUAUCUAUUGACUGUUAGGCAACAGGGACUCCGAGAGAGAACUCUAUCAACAUCAGAGGCCCGAGACUGUUCAACACGCUUCCGCUACACAUAAGGGACAUAACUGGCCGACCCCUCACAGUGUUCAAGAGAGAACU